AUGGAGUCUCUAACUUUUUUUUUUCCCAGUUCAAAUCUGAAUAUCAAUGAUGUCCUGGGAAACUACUCACUAACUCUGAUUGACGCACUGGAUACCCUAGCGGUAAUGGGAAAUUCCUCAGAAUUCCAGAAAGCAGUGAAGUUGGUGAUUGACACUGUUUCAUUCGACAAAGACUCAACAGUCCAAGUUUUUGAGGCAACAAUCAGGGUUUUGGGAAGCCUGCUUUCUGCCCACAUAAUAAUUACAGACACCAGACAGCCUUUUGGUGAUAUGACCAUUAAGGAUUAUGAUAAUGAACUGUUGCAUAUGGCUCAUGACCUAGCAGUGAGACUACUUCCAGCCUUUGAGAACACCAAAACUGGAAUCCCGUAUCCUCGGGUUAAUCUGAAGAAGGGGGUACCUCCAAACAGCAAUAACGAAACUUGUACUGCAGGAGCCGGCUCCUUAUUAGUGGAAUUUGGUAUUCUCAGCAGACUGCUUGGUGAUUCCACGUUUGAAUGGGUGGCCAGGCGAGCUGUCAAAGCACUCUGGAAUCUCAGGAGCAAUCACACUGGACUGCUAGGAAACGUUGUGAAUAUUCAAACUGGCCAUUGGGUUGGAAAGCAGAGUGGCUUGGGUGCAGGGUCAGAUUCAUUCUAUGAAUACCUUCUGAAGUCUUACAUCCUCUUUGGAGAAAGGGAAGACUUGGAGAUGUUUAACGAUGCUUAUCGCAGCAUUCAGAACCACUUAAGAAGAGGUCGAGAAGCUUGUAACGAAGGUGAAGGUGACCCUCCUUUGUAUGUUAAUGUAAACAUGUUCACGGGACAGCUGAUGAACACGUGGAUCGACUCUCUGCAAGCUUUUUUUCCUGGACUGCAGGUAUUGAUAGGAGAUGUGGAAGAUGCUAUUUGUCUCCAUGCUUUUUAUUAUGCCAUAUGGAAACGAUAUGGAGCUCUCCCAGAAAGAUACAACUGGCAAUUGCAAGCACCAGAUGUUCCCUUUUAUCCACUGAGACCAGAGUUAGUGGAAUCCACAUAUCUUCUUUAUCAGGCCACAAAGAACCCGUUUUACCUUCACGUAGGAAUGGAUAUCCUACAGAGCUUGGAAAAAUACACAAAAGCUAAAUGUGGCUAUGCUACAUUACAUCACGUUGUAGAGAAGACAAAAGAAGAUCGAAUGGAGAGUUUUUUUCUCAGUGAAACAUGUAAAUAUUUGUACCUGUUGUUUGAUGAAGAGAAUCCAGUGCACAAAUCUGGAAAUAAAUAUAUGUUUACUACUGAGGGACAUAUUGUGUCUGUGGACAAACGUUUUCGUGACUCGCUGUGGCAAGAUACCCUCCCUGGAGAAGAGGACAGCACAGAAAAAAUCAAAUCAAAUGAACUGAAGGCAGUCAACUUCAGUUCCAAUUGUAACAGAGUUCCAGAUGAGAGGAGAUACCUGCUGCCAUUGAAGAGUAACUACAUGAGACAGAUCGAUCGAAUGGUGGGCUUGAUCUGAAUAGUUCUUCAGCGUAAUCUGUAUCAUAUGCCGGAGGAGCACGGAUUUGGCUCCAGACCUUCCUCUCCUCUGCAGCUACACACCUGCCUAUGCUGAGUCACUUGAGUAUCGCCCAUGCUUACUAGUUUUCAGUUGUGGACUUGAAGGGAGAUCUUGUUCUCUUAGAGGUCUCUCUUCUGAACUAUGGUAACUCCACAUGCCACCUAAAUAGAGUUUUCUUGUUAUAGACUUGCUAUGAAAAAUGUUACUGCAAAUGAAGGCUGGAUAUACUUUUCAAAAAAAGAAAAUUGGCACGUGCCAUUUAGCUACCUCUUUGUAGCUGCAUUGCAGAUGUCCCUUUAGAAAAGGGUCUGAUAUUUAAUUUGAAAUGAUCUUGGGAUUGGGGAAGGAAUGGGAAAGUGCAAUUUCUAACACCAAGUUUAAUCAUUGAGUUAUUUUGACUAGCAAUACACAAUCUUAAGUAUGACUCAGGUAGGAACCCACUGGUAGUGGGUUUUGGCUGAAACAAAAAUGCUUUGUCUAAAAUAGCAUCUUGAAAAGAUAACUCCUGGUCAUGUAAGGAGUUAUCAGUCCAGUCAUGAGAUCCCUUGUACACACGGUUGUAUAAAACUGCGCAGUCACAAGAGCUUGUAGCUACAGAAACCAGUCAUAAAACAAAUCAGGUGCCUUUUUUGUAAGGGGACGGGGUGGGGGGGAAGGGGAAUGUACAAAGCCAUUCAGCUCUUUAAGAAGCUAACUUGCUAUAGCUUAGCUGAGCAGGUAUUCCAAAAAUUACUUUGAUUGUCAUGUAUCUAGUGCCUCAUCAGGAGAGAUGCUCCUGAAGUAAAGAACUAUCUGACAAUAUAUGAAGAGCAAGCUGUUUCACAUUCCUGGUAGCAUUAAUAAGUUAGUGCCUUAAAUUUAUCUUCAAUAGCAGGAAAACCUGAGCUUUCUUGAGGGAAGGGAUGAAUUAUUUUUGAUCAAUUGGUUGCAAAAUUCAGUGGGUCUGGAAGUAACUCACAUGUGAGACUUUUAUUUCUUUUUUAAUACUGGAAGAAUACUGACUACUGUGCCCAUCCCAAACAAUACUUCAGGGCUGGAUUUAUUCUCCAAGUCAGUGUAAUUGAAGUGGCUGCCUCUGCAUCCUUCUGGGGCAAGAAUUAAUAAGAGGUCUGAAGUUGCAGUAUGCUAGCUUCCUUCUGUUGCAAGAUGCAGUUUUCUAUAUGCCAUUGUAACGGGGUCAUGCCUGCAGUUGCUAGUAACGCUGACUGUAGUGCUAUACUGCGCUUGUAAGCUGUGUCUCUUGGUUCCAAUGAAGAAUGGUGAAAAAUUACUGUUUCUCUAACCCACCAUCUCAAAGUGCAGCCUUGAUACAGCUGAAGAAUAAUUGUAUGUGAACCUUCAGGAAGAGAGCAGUCGAAUUCAGGCUGGGUUAUCGUGAGGGAUGAAAACAAACUGAGGCAAACCAAGUUAUUCUAAGGAUAACUUUUUUUUCUUUCUUUUCUUUUCUUUUUUUUUUUUUUCUCCCUUCCAGUUGGGUCCCUGUUGCUUACAUGGUUAUUUUAUUAUUUUUAUUGUUGACUACAUUUGAAGUAGCUGAACACUAUUGUUGUGUUCAUUAUUUUUAAUUGAAGACUCAAAUUAUAGGGGCAAACUUGAUCUGCUGUAUUGUCACCUUCUUAUGGUAAAAUUCAUAAGCCAUAUGUUGCAACUCAGUCCACUUCUAAUAAAUAUGAAGUUAGUGUUGAAUCUUUUAGUAUACAGAUGCAUCUCAGGGACCUCACUGUAGAAUCUUCUGUUCCAUUGUAGAUGGAUAUUGUAUUCAGGCAAAAAAAAAAAUCCUGUCUUCCUAGUCUUAAUGUGUAUUUGUUAGGGGUUUGGGUGGGGGGUGGGCGGGCAGUGAGGGGAGGUAAGAUUUUAAGAUUUCUCAAAACAUUGUGAUAGGAUCAGUUGCCUUGAUAGCUGAGGGCCUUGACAGUUGAGGGCGCAUCCCCUUUGGAAAUGGUUUUGCAACGCUAUUACUAGACUGUUACAAUGAUUCAGUUGCCUGUUUUGAAGCAAAAUAUAAAUUCAGGGUGUUAUGAUCCAAAGAGGUAUUGGGAGGGAUGCAAGGUUUAAUUCCUUAACUGGUAAACUUCAACUGGGCGUGCCAGUGCACUUCAGCUUGCAAAUACGUAAAGUCACAGAAGCGCAGAAGAAUGCAUGAGGGAGUGAGUGCACCUGCCUACCAAGGGAGGCAGGAGGCAAAACUGCCUGGGCAUUUUGAAAUGCUGCUACUGGGCCAGAUCUCUUGCUAGGCAUAACUUUGCAGUGAGAAGUGCUUAGUAAUGUGAAAGCAAAACACACAGCAUUCGAGAACUUCCUGUUUAAAAUCACAGCGUAGUGGAUGCCAGCACAAACAUUGCCCUAGGUGUGCUUGCGGCUGUGUCUGAUCAUGGUUUUUCCCCUCUUGCAGUUUGGCUCCCUCUGAAUGCGCGUUAUAUAUCCUGCAAUUGCCUUUCAGUGUUUUGUGCCUUGCAAAAACCCUGAGCCCUGGUUAAGGGUUCCAGUUAAGUGUUAUGCACAGAAAUCUGUUUCAGAAUUUUCCUCAGAGAAUUGCACAAACACUAUGAAGUUGAAGCUGUUUUUAGCUUGUUUUUCGCUUCUUCUAUUGCCAGACCUAGAAUGAAAGAUACCUCUAGAAUAGGAACAAUA